ACGAGUCAACAUGGCUAAAUAUGGGUCAAGAGACGCUUCCUGCUUCGGCGGUGUCGCGCGAGGAGGGAAUCAGGAUCUUGAGGGAUACGUGGACUCUAUUCUUCCAGGGACAUUCAGACCCAGUUUCGGGGAAAUCCUGGACACAAGGCGGUCUUUGGACCUGGACUUGGGAGCAGCAAGUCUAUGGCCUGACGACUCCCACGAUGACCUGGAUGCUUCCCUGGACUUCAGCGGAAACAACGUAGCAAGUUUCUCAUCGUCUUACAAUGGCCAGGGUUAUUCAAGUUUGUGUGAUGUUUUGGGAGAAGAAGCAGCUGGAGGUCUUAACCUGUCCGAUGGCCCUCUGUUGCUGGAUUCCGACCAACGCCUUCGGGACUCACGGAACGCCUUGGGUGCCACUUCGCCCUGUUCCGGCAGAAAGGGAUACCGGCACAGACACACGAGAAAGUACCUUGGAGACGAGCGCCUCCAGAAGGAGCGGAACCGCGAAUUCAACAACGAGGCGUCUGCCCUGUACCGGGAGAGGCAGCGGGCGACGACCUCCAAGAAGGAAAAGCAGCUGCAACACUUGCAACAGAAGAACGAUCAGCUUUGCAAAAAACUGGAACUCCUGACCGUGCAGAGUGACUGGUGCCACGACACGUAUGAGAAAUACAAUGAAUACUUUGCAGGACCUCUGGACGAUACUUUGUAUGAGCUGAGAUGA